UGUGUGUGCCGCUUUAACGACGAAAAUAAGGAGGAACUUAGUUAGUUUAUUAGCUUUAGCGUUAUCUGUCUCUUCAGCUGCGAGUGAUUCGGGUUCGGUUUUUCUCUUUUAUCGCCCAUGCUAGUUCGUUGACCAGUUAGCUAGCAUGUUUAUUUUUAUUUUUUUAGAAGGCUAAGUUAGUUAGCUGUAGAUAAAAAUCUGAGGGUUUUUUGCAUUAGCUUCAUGCAAAAACUAGGUUUAUAUGGGUGUAUUUUAAACGUGUGGUGAUAAUGAAGAAGUCAGGCAGGUUGUUGUUAUGGAGCUGUAGUGGUUUCAUUGUUGUUAGUAGUUUAUUGGCGCUUGUUUGUGGACAUAUUGGUCCUGAAGAUGAUGAGUGGGUUGACCCAACUGACAUGCUCAACUACGACCCAAUUACGAAAAGCAUGAGAAAGACUGCUGAGGCUUCCAGCUACAAUAAUGUACCGACUAAAAGAAGGGAUCACAAUCAAGACUUGGGUCCAGUGAUUCGGUGCCCAGAUUUGAAGAAAUGUACUGACAGACUGAACACAUUACAACGAGAAACUGAAGAGUUUAAAAGGAGGGUGACAUUUUCCUCACAACAGCCAACGUGUAUUCCUGUCUUCAAGCGCUUCCUCGCAAAGCUUCUUAAGGAAAUUCAAAAACUUGGCUUGCCCACUGCUGUGACGUCUGAAAAGCACUACGAUGCCGAAGUGAAACUUUCCAAGCAAAUGGUGUCAGAAAUCCAGAAGCUUGUGAAUGAUGAAAGCAGCUGGAGGACUGGAGCUUUGGAUGAUGCUCUUAGUCAAAUACUUGUUAACUUUAAACUACAUGAUUAUGAGGCCUGGAAGUGGCGUUUUGAAGACACGUUUGGUGUUGAGCUACAGACUCUUAUCAUGAUCACAGUCCUUGUCUUGUUAAUAGUGGUCAUAAUCUGCACUGAGAUGUGGUCAGCGGUGUCCUGGUUUGUCCAGUUUAAGAGAAUGUUUGCUCUAUGCUUCAUAAUCAGUCUUGUGUGGAACUGGUUCUAUCUCUACAAGACUGCCUUUGCUGCACACCACGCCAGCCUGGUAAAGAAUGAGCAAUUCAAUGAUAAAUGCACCAGGGUUAAGAAAUUUGACUGGACUGAUAAUAUUAAAGAGUGGUAUCGCACUACGUUGACUCUUCAGGAUGAUCCAUGUUACCGGUACUACCAGGACCUGAUUGUGAAUCCAGUCCUGCUAGUGCCUCCAACCAAGGCCAUCACUAUGACCAUCGCUACCUUCUUCACAGACCCUCUAAAGCACAUAGGAGAAGGCAUUAGCGACUUUCUCCGGGCUUUAUUAAAAGACAUGCCUAUUACACUGCAGAUUCCUGUUCUUCUUUGUGUGAUGCUGUCUAUCCUGGUAUUUAUAUACAGCACGAGUCAAGCGGCCGUACACCAUGCCCUUCUUCGGCCUCUACGAGGAAGACGUCAAGAUCCUCCACCCAGCAUCGCUCCGCAGCCUGCCGCUCCUCCCUUACCAGAGCCAGAGGACCACAGAGAACAAAGGUACCUGUUGGCAGGGGGUGAUGCAAACCGCCCCACACAACUCAGACACCAUGUAGGACAAGAAGACGACCAAUUCACCCGCAUGAGGAACAGGACUUACCAUGAAGACAACAGACCUGAAAUUCGCCAAAGGACACCCAACAUGCAGAGAGCGGAGCAGCAGAGGGUACGUGUGGAAACCGUACGGCAUGCAGACAGCCUUUACAGCGGGGAUGAGACAGACACUCAUGAGGGAGCAGUAGCCGAGAACGUGGAUCAGCAUGUGGACGAAAAGCCACAAACUCACAGUGAUGAGCCAAGGGAGGAAUAUAAGACGUCUGCAACUAAAAUACAAAUAAAGCAGACUCAGACUCCAUCUAAAAAGCAGAGUGUGAAAAGAAUCACUAAGGAUAACAAGAAUUCAGGAAACACUGAAAGGAACGAGGCAGGUGAUUCCGCAAGCCCAAGAGGAGAUAAAUCCAAGAAAGAAGACUGUGUUGAAAAUAUUGGCAGUCCUGUUCAGGGAACUCAUUUUUCCUCUUAAAAUAACUCUUUUUGUUUUCUUUUAAAAAAAAAUCACUAUCAUGUAAUUUUUGUACUUGAAUAUAUUUAUAUUAAAUAUAAAAUGAUGAAACUGUUUAGGUGCAGCAAAAACUUCUGUCAAUGGAAACCAGCAAGAGAAUUGUUCAAUUAUGAAAAGCCUUUUACAUUUAGUUGAACUUCCCGCCAACCUAAAAUAAUUAGAGCCUUUCUAUUAAACAUAGCAACUAGUAUCAGGAGCUAUCAAUAGUUUGGUGGACUUACAAGCCAGUCAGUACAGUCUUCAUUGUAAGGAGGACAUAAUAGUAUCUACAUCUACAUAUCUACAUACAUACAUGUUAAAAUGUUGCGUGAAAUCAUCGCAGUAUAAUUCUGUAAAAUUACUCCAAAAGCAUCACUUAUUUGUCAGCAUCUGGAAAAUUAUUGAUGUUAACAACACAAACUAGCUUAAUUAUUACCCGCCAGCCUCUAUUCACACGUUUGCCCCCUAAAACCCUUACCACUUUGAUUUGCAAUGAUUAUUAUCUUCUUUUAAAUAAAAUUAAUGAAGACAGGACAUAAUGCAACAGAAUGGGAAAAUAAUCACAGUGAACACUUUAAAUGUGUAAGCCAAAAGUUUUUGAUUAAAUAUUUCUGUGGUGUCCCUAAUAAACAAUCCAGCUGCUGCUUCCA